AUGCCCCCAACGAAGAAGACAUUCUGUUGGUGUUUUAACGGAAGUGCUAACUCGGUCCCGGAGAUUUCUUACAACGUAGAAAAUGGCGGAAUGACCUUGAAAAAGAUUGAACUCAAUAUUCCAAUGCCGGAAACGGAAGAGGAGGUGGACAGAAAAUUUACCGAAUUAGUGGAUGAGUUAGGCCUGGACAGACUGCACAGGCAGGCAAUGUUCGAAUUGCCGGCUGAGAAAAAGUGGCAGAUAUAUUGCAGUAAGAAAAAGUUAAAAGAACCCAACGUUAGCGAAGUUGGCAAUAACAUUUACACUAACAACAACAACAUUAUGAUUAGGAUUCAGCUGAUUGACAGUUUGAGGACGGCCCUGAAAACCCAGACAAUGAGUUUUGUUAUUAGAACAUCACGUGAUUAUUUCAACGUCAUCAACAGCAACAACGAUAGAAAUGAUGACGAUUACGAUGAUGACGAUGAUGAUGACGGUAACGUGGGGAUUACUCAUUCGGUCAUCGGAUGCAUUAAAGCGCUCAUGAAUUGCAAGGAAGGAAGAUCCCAAGUUUUAUCCCAUCCGGAUGGCAUAAAGAUAAUAACCCAGAACUACUAUUCGCCUAAUCAAAAAACAAAAAUGGCGGUCCUGGAAAUAUUAGGCGCCCUCUGCCUGGUCCCCGGAGGGCAUAAAAAGGUUUUGGAAGCCAUGAAUCAUUUGAGAGAUUAUAUCGGAGAGAGAACGAGGUUUCAGACAUUUAUAAAUGAUUUAGAUCAAACCGUGCGGGGUGAUUACAACGACUGCAUCACGUUCAAAACGUUGAUCAUGUCUUUUAUCAAUGCGUCACUAAAGUAUGGAGACUGUGAGACUAGCAUAGAUUUAAGACUGCACCUUCGCUACGAGUACCUCAUGCUCGGGCUGAUUCCCACCAUUGAGAAGUUGAAGAAAUACGCAAACAUCAAUCUGGACAGGCACAUCAAUUUUUUUGAGAUGAUCAGAAAUGAAGAUGAAAAGAGUUAUGCCAAGAAGUUUGACACUAUUCAUAUAGAUUCAAAAAGUUCAACGGCCAUGUUGGAAUUACUGAAGAAAAAAUUGAUGCACUCACCAUCCUACUACCACUUGCUGUCUAUCUUAUUCCACCUCAUUCAAGUUACCAGUGGACCUCCUAAAUCGUCCUCCAACAUCUGGAGGCUGAUUGACAUGGUGGUCCAACAGAUUGCAAUCCAAAAUAAAAACGGCGAUCCUGAUGUCAAAGUAUUUGACUUGGAUGUCAAAAAGUUGUCUAAACAAUUAGCAGAUGAAUCUGCCUUUGAAGAAGUCAGCAAGAAGUUGAAGGUUACCAUGAAAGAGGUGGAAGACCUGACAAACAAACUGAACAAGAAGGAGAGAGAGUGUGACAUCAAAUCAAAAGAAAAGGAGGAAAUUAUGCAGACGCUGACAAAAAUGCGUCAGAAAAUGGAGAAAGACUCGCAAAACUGCAGCACCCAGCUGGACAACAUGGCCGCAAGAAUCCGGGAAUUGGAACGGCUGCUAAGCAACGAAAGAAGCCAACGAACUCAACUCGAAUUGGCCGUGAAUACCGGAACAUCGCCGUCUUCGCCACCUCGUAUAAAACCUCACGACGACCACAAAGAGCACGCCCCUAUUCCACCCCCACCUCCCCCACCUUUAUGCCCCCCUCCUCCGCCUUUGUUGGCAACCGCCUCAAAUAGGGCAAAAUUAGGGAGAGCCAGUAGUAACAGUAACUACUGCAAUAUCACCGGACCAAUAGGAAGCAAGUUAAGAAACAUUCCGGAAGCCAGCCAAGCAAUGAAGAGUUUCAAUUGGACAAAACUGGCCGACAACAAAGUCGAUGGGACGAUAUGGAUGGGUGUUGACGAAAGUAAUGUCUACAAAGCAAUUGACUUAGAUGAUUUCGAGAAAAACUUUUCAGCUUAUCAGAGGCAAGACAUAAACGACGUCGACCAAUCACAAGUCGGCACGAUAACGAGGCAGCCAAUAGCAAAAGCCCGUGAACUCUCGGUCAUCGAUGGUAGACGGGCUCAAAACUGCACAAUACUACUAUCGAAACUUAAAAUGACCAAUCAGGAGUUAGCGACGGCAAUUUUGAAUGUUGAUGAGCAUGAAGAGUUGCCUAAAGAUAUGUGCGAACAGCUGUUGAAGUUCCUCCCAACUCCAGAAGAGACACAAAUGUUGGAAGAUCACGCUGCUGAACUGGAACACAUGGCCAGGGCUGAUAGAUUUCUGCUAGAAAUGAGCAGAAUCGACCACUAUGAGCAGCGUCUAAAAGCCCUCGACUGCAAAAAGCGUUUCACCGAGCGACUAACUGACGUUAGGCAGCGAAUUUCAGCCGUCACAACUGCCUCCAAUGACGUCAUCAAUAGCCGGAAGUUAAAAAAGAUUCUAGAAGUUGUUCUGGCCGUCGGGAACUAUAUGAACAGAGGACAGAGAGGAAACGCUCCAGGAUUCAAAUUGUCAAGUUUGAUGAGGCUAGCCGAUACGAAAUCCAGUAUAAAUAAGAAGGUCACCCUGCUGCAUUACCUCGAUGACGUCAUUGAAAAUAAGUUUCCUGAUCUGAGCUCGGUUGAAGAUGAAAUAAAAAGCGUCAAAGAUGGAGCUAAAGUCAAUUUAACAGAAUUAGCGGAGGACAUGAAGAUGUUAAAGCAAGGUUUGAAAGAAAUUCAACAAGAAAUUAGCUACCAUAGGAGGAAAAAUUCGUCAUCAGAUAGUGAUAAGUUUAUAGAGGUGAUGGAUGGUUUCAUUGGCGUCUGCGAGUACAGCUUUUCAGAAGUUGAAGAAUCUUACAGGGAGAUGUUGAAGGAGUUCGCCAAAGCGAUGACUCACUUCGGCGAAGAGGAACCUGAAAAAGGUCAACCGGAAGUCUUUUUUAGUAUCUUUGAUCAAUUCGUGACGUCACUGGCAGAAGCCAGGAGCGAUAAUAAGAGAUUUAGAAGAAUUAGGGAAGAAGAGAUGAAGAGAGUAAGAGUAGAAAUGCAGAUGAGACUGGAUCGGGAAAGCAAGGAGAAAGCGAGGAAAUUGAAAAACGCUGCCGAUGGGGAAGGCGAAUUUGAUGAUUUGAUUUCUGCCCUGCAGACUGGGGAGGUUUUCGGCGACGAUAUCGCAAGGAUCAUGAAGAGGAAGAAAAAAAUACUAAAUAAUAAUAAUAAUAAUAACAACAACAACAAUAAUAAUAACAAUAAUAAUAGUGAUUGCAAAACUGCCCAACGCAAUAAUAGCAAUCGGGAGAGAUUGAACGCUAUAUUAAUGGGUAGUAAAUAA